AUGGCUGAACGAUUACUUCCUGCUGCAACCACUUUGGUGAAAUACGAUAAUCCGAUAUUAGUGACUAAACAUGAAAGACCUUCCACUUCCGCUGAUGUAGGAGACGGUGAAAAUAUUAAAAAGGCCUCAAUCGCUUUGGAACAAAAACACGAAACUGAAGAAAUUUUAAAUACAAUUCUACCUCCCAAAGAAUGGGAAGAAGACAAUCAAUUAUGGAGACAACAAGUUUCAACGACUCCAGCUACAAGACUGGACGUGGGCAACUUACAAGAACAACUUGAUAUGAGAUUACAACAAAGACAGGCUAGAGAAACAGGAAUAUGUCCUGUGAGGCGUGAACUUUACACUCAAUGCUUUGAUGAAAUUAUCAGACAAGUUACCAUUAAUUGUGCCGAAAGAGGUUUGUUACUUUUGAGGGUGAGAGAUGAAAUGCGCAUGACCAUCGAGGCGUAUCAGGCGCUCUAUUGUAGUAGUAUUGCUUUUGGUAUGAGAAAAGCGCUUCAGGCUGAACAAGGUAAAUCGGACUUGUACCAGGAAGUAGAACUCCUCAAAAACGAAAAAUCGGACUUGGAACAUCAAAUUACCGAACUAAAACAAAGAGCAGAACAAGCCGAUAGAAGAGCUGCAGAAACACGAUUGGCUGAAGAAAGGAAACACACUGAAGAAAUUGCUUUCCUGAAAAAAACCAAUCAACAAUUGAAGGCUCAACUAGAAGGAAUCAUCGCACCAAAAAAAUAA